AUGAAGAAGCUACGUGUUUUUACUUUUUCCCUUUUGCUCCUGAAGUGUUUUCUCAUCUCGUGCCAUUUGACUGAACCCAUUUGCUUUUGGAGGCUAAAGAAUAAUGAAGAUAAUGAUGGAGAUUUGAGAAGUGACUGUGGUGUUUUCCUUGCAGCAGUUGAGGGACCUAUUGACCAAAUAUAUAAUAUUUCUGAUUUUAGAAUACCGGCAAGAAGAUAUGAGUUUUUUCUAGUAAUGUUUUUUGCUACUGAUGAAAUCAACAAAAAUCCUUACCUUUUACCCAACAUGUCUUUGAUAUCCCCCGUUGAUCAUGGUCAAUGUGAAGAAACAUUGGGACUUCUCGAUGAAAUAUAUUUAGAAAAAAACAAUAGUGUGGAAUUUACAGAUUAUAUCUGUGUAUUUUAUGGAACCUGUUACAUAGGUCUUAUAGGACCAUCAUGGAAAACAUCUGUAAAACUGUCAAUUCAUUCUAGGACACCAAGGGUAAGAAUGUGUGAAACUAGAUUAGUAUUCUUUGGACCAUUUAAUCCUAACCUGAGUGACCAUGACCAGUUUCCCUAUGUCCAUCAGGUAGCCAUCAAGGACACACAUUUGUCCCAUGGCAUGGCCUCCUUGAUGCUUCAUUUUAGAUGGACAUGGAUAGGCCUGGUUAUCUCAGAUGAUGACCAGAGUAUUCAGUUUCUAUCAGACUUGAGAGAAGAAAUGCAAAGACAUGGAAUCUGUUUAGCUUUUGUUAAUAUGAUCCCAGAAGACAUGCAGUUAUAUAUGACAAGGGCUAAGAUAUAUGAUGAAGAAAUUAUGACAUCAACAGCAAAGGUUGUUAUCAUUUAUGGUGAAAUGAACUCUACCCUACAAGUCAGCUUUAGAAGGUGGGAAGAUUUAGGUGUAAGGAGAAUCUGGAUCACAACCUCACAAUGGGAUGUUAUCACAAAUAAAAAUGAUUUUAGCCUUGAUUUCUUUCACGGAACUGUCACUUUUGCACACCAUGUAGGUAAAAUUGCUAAAUUUAGGAAUUUCUUGCAAACAAUGAACAGUGACAAAUACCCAGUAAACAUUUCUAAGUCUAUACUGGGGUGGAAUUAUUUUAAUUGUUCUGUCUCUAAGAAAGGCAAUAAAAAGGAUCAUUUUACAUUCAACAACACAUUGGAAUGGACAGCACUGCACAAUUUUGACAUAGUCCUGAGUGAGGAAGGCUACAAUUUGUAUAAUGCUGUAUAUGCUGUGGCCCACACCUACCAUGAACUCAUUCUUCAACAAGUAGAAUCUCAGCAAACGGCAGUACCCAAAGGAAUAUUCACUGACUGUCAGCAGGUGUCUUCCAUGCUGAAAUCCAGGAUAUUUACUAACCCUGUUGGAGAACUGGUGAACAUGAAGCAUAGGGAAAAUCAGUGUGCAGAUUAUGACAUUUUCAUCAUUUGGAAUUUUCCACAAGGCCUUGGAUUAAAAGUAAAAAUAGGAAACUAUUUGCCUUGUUACCCAUGGAGCCAACAACUUCAUAUAUCUGAAAAUUUGGAGUGGGCCACAGGAGGAUCGUCAGUUCCCUCCUCCAUGUGUAGUGUGACAUGUACUGCUGGAUUCAGAAAAAUUCAUCAGAAACAAACAGCAGACUGCUGCUUUGAUUGUGAUCAGUGCCCAGAAAAUGAGGUUUCCAAUGAAACAGCAGAUAUGGAACAGUGUGUGAGGUGUCCAGAUGAUAAGUAUGCUAACUUAGAGAAAACCCAAUGCCUCCAAAGAGUUGUGUCAUUCCUGGCUUAUGAAGAUCCACUGGGGAUGACUCUAGGAUGCAUGGCCCUGACCUUCUCUGCCCUCACAGUUCUAGUACUAGUCAUUUUUGUGAAGUACAAGGAUACACCUAUUGUGAAGGCCAAUAACCGCAUUGUCAGCUACAUCCUGCUCAUCUCUCUAGUCUUCUGUUUUCUCUGCUCAUUGCUCUUCAUUGGACAUCCUACCCAGGCCACCUGCAUCCUGCAGCAGACCACAUUUGGAGUAUUUUUCACAGUGGCUAUUUCUACAGUGUUGGCUAAAACAAUAACUGUGCUCAUGGCUUUCAAGCUCACUACUCCAGGGGGAAGGAUGAGAGGGAUGCUGGCAUCAGGGGCACCUAACUUGGUCAUUCCAAUUUGUACCCUAAUCCAACUUGUACUCUGUGGAAUCUGGUUGGUAACAUCUCCUCCUUUUAUUGACAGAGAUAUACAAUCUGAACAUGGAAAGACCAUCAUUAUUUGCAACAAAGGCUCAGUCAUUGCCUUCCACUUUGUUCUGGGAUACUUGGGUGCCUUGGCUCUGGGGAGCUUUACUGUGGCUUUCUUGGCUAGGAACCUUCCUGACAGAUUCAAUGAAGCCAAAUUCCUAACAUUCAGCAUGCUGGUAUUCUGCAGUGUCUGGAUCACCUUCCUCCCUGUCUACCACAGCACCAGGGGAACGGUCAUGGUGGUUGUGGAGGUUUUCUCCAUCUUGGCUUCUAGUGCAGGCUUGCUAGGAUGCAUCUUUCUUCCAAAAUGUUGUGUUAUUUUACUCAGACCAGAUUUAACCUUUCUGCAGAAGUACAAAGAUAAAUUGCCUUCCUGA